AUGCAACCCGUUCCAAAUCGGUUAGGACUUGGUCUGCGUCCACCUUUGCCAUCAUACGGCCAGGGGCCCUCAAUGUCGGCUCUCGCACAGCAGCAACAAAUGCUUCAUCAGGGAUUUGUCCCUCCUCAAGCACAGAAGCUCACCUCCCUAUUCGUCGGUUCAAUAUCAGGUGGUGUCACCGAUAGCUUUCUGAACAGACUUCUUGUGGCGUGUGGCCCCGUCAAGUCCUUUAAACGCCUCAUCACCCCAGCGAACAAGCCGCAGGGUUUUGGAUUUGCUGAGUUCGAAGAUCCUGACUCUGCCUUACGAUGUCUUGCUCUUUUGCAGGGUGUUGAGUUGCCGGCACUCGAGGAUGGGUGCGCGAACAAGAAAUUGCUGAUCAAAGCCGAUGAAAAGACUAAGCUUUUUCUCGAUGCCUACUCUGCACAAAAAAUGAAAACCGACGCUGACGAAGUAAUGGUGCAACAAGCAAAAAUAAAGGUUGAUGAAUUAGUAGCCGAGAUCAAUCAGCAAUCACAAGAAGCAGCCAACAGCGGUCUUCUCGACAAAGAAAAAUACGUCAUUCCCCCACAUCUUCACGAUCUUCAAGAAGCAGAUCUUCCUGAGACGCAGCGUGGUCUUGUCAUAUCUGAAAUUGCCCAGUUUCGUGAACGAGCCGCAAAGCGGGAGCGGGAAAAGUUGCGUGACGUUCGUGACGCCAUGCCUCAGCUUGCGCCUACCCCGAGCGGACCCAAAGUCCGCGAGUGGGGAAAACCACAAACCCCACAGUCACCACAAGGUGCUCCUGGUAAAUCUGCUCCCCGCGGAAAGGAUGCUCAAGGAUACAACAAACCUGUGGGGUUUGUAAAAGCUGAGGAUGGCGCUGCUGCAAUGGGGUCUGAUGAUCGGAAUAUACCAGGCAAGAGCGCAAAGACAGAUGAGGAACUUGAAAAGGACCGCAAGGAAGCCAGACGACGAGACGAGGAGGUUUCUUUCCGUGACCGCGAACGUCGCUACGAGCCUCGAGAGCGCACCCGCAUAGCAGCUCUAGAACGUUCGAUAGCCCGUCAGACUGCCAUCAAAGAGGCAGAAGAACGUGAUCGUGUCGAGAUGCAAGGUCGUCUGGAUGUUUGGGAUGACGACGAAAGUGAUGAACAGUUUUACAUGGACAGAGCGCGGUGGAGACAGACUCGUUCCCGUAGGCUUGCUGCUGAGGAAGCUACGGAUGCCGAGUCCCGCAGUUAUGAAGAACGUGAGACAGAGAAUCUUCGUGUCGAGUCUGAGAAAUUCCUCGCACGCCAGAUGGAAGACAUGCAAGCUCUUGCCGAAGAGCAGCGGAAAGCAGGCAUGCUUCUGGAUGACGGUGCGCCAGUCAAGCUUAGCGUGUCACUGAACCCCCCGCCUGUCAAGGCAGAACCUAUUCCCAAGGACACGAAACCAGCUGUGUUUGGGCAGGAAGAGGAGGAGGAAGAGAGCAUCAAGAAGCGGAAGGUGCCGCUCGUCAAACUUGACUUCAGCGCCACCGAGGGCGAGAAGGCCAAAGAACGCCUCCAGAUGAUCAAGGAGUCUGUGCCCCACAAUAAGGAAGUGUUGUACAAGGCAAAAGUCAGGUGGGAUGGUGUUUCAGAUCCAAUGAUUGACCGCAAGUUGGAGCCGUUGAUACGACGCCAAAUGGUCAACUAUCUUGGGGAACUAGAGGAUGACGACCUCGUCAUGUUUGUUGUGGAGCACCUCAAGGAUCACAAGGGACCUCAGAAGCUUAUAGAAGGGCUGGAGCCGGUUUUGGAAGAAGAGGCGCAAGAAUUCACCAUCAGCAUCUGGAGACAAAUCAUCUUCGAGAGCAUGGCAUACGGCGAAGGCCUACACACAGAAAAGCUGAUGGUCGAUUGA